AUGGCGGGCCAGUUCGACGCGGCGGACCAGGGCAGCUGGUACUGGGGGCGGCUGAGCCGGGCCGAGGCGGUGGGGCUGCUGCAGGGCCAGCGGCACGGCACCUUCCUGGUCCGGGACUCCGGCACCAUCCCCGGCGACUUCGUCCUCUCCGUCUCCGAGAGCUCCCGCGUCUCCCACUACAUCGUCAACAGCCAAGGCUAAUUUGAACAUUUCUCCUCUCUCCCCUUUGGGCCCCCAGGGUUGCAUCCUUCUAGAUUCCGAAUUGGCGACCAAGAGUUUGACUCCUUGCCGGCCCUGCUGGAGUUUUACAAAAUCCACUACUUGGACACUACAACCUUGAUAGAACCUGUUUCAAAAUCAAAGCAUGACAGUGAUGUGCAGCUGAGGCAGGAAGAGGUGGAAUACGUACGUGCUCUUUUUGACUUUAAUGGCAACGACGACGAAGACCUUCCUUUUAAAAAAGGAGACAUCCUUAGGAUCUGGGAAAAGCCAGAAGAGCAGUGGUGGAAUGCAGAAGACAGCGAAGGCAAGCGAGGGAUGAUCCCAGUGCCCUACGUCGAGAAAUACAGACCUGCUUCUGCAUCUCUGUCAGCUACGACUGGAGGUAACCAGGACAGCGCUCUCCCUCAGCCUCUGGGCGGGCCGGAGCCCGGUCCCUACGCCCAGCCCAGCAUCAACACUCCGCUCCCCAAUCUCCAGAAUGGCCCGAUUUUUGCCCGGGUUAUCCAGAAACGAGUCCCUAAUGCCUACGACAAGACAGCCUUGGCUUUGGAGGUUGGUGAGCUGGUGAAGGUGACCAAGAUUAACAUGAGCGGCCAGUGGGAAGGGGAGUGCGGUGGCCGGCGGGGACACUUCCCCUUCACGCACGUCCGGCUGCUUGACCAACAAAAUCCAGAGGAAGACUUCAGCUGAGUGCAGCUCAACUCCUCCGCUCACAGAGGGAGUCAGGCACGUGGCGUUCUCCUGCAGCUGCAAGAGAGAGGCCCAAGACUGUUCCCAAAGAGGUCAAGAGCAGUGUUGUCUCCACAAGCAUCCCAGUAUUGACCCCCAAGCCCUGAGACCCCACACUCAGGAGAGGGUCGCGCUUUCAGAGUACGACCCGCCGCGGCUUUUGUGCCAGGUGGUGAGCCUUGCACACCAGUCCGCCUGUGUCGAAUAAAAGCUUCACAGCUCCCCUGCUCCCACCUCUGCCUUCAACCCCUGUAGGGUCAACAGGCCGCCGUGGGCUCUGCAGGACUUCCUCUGCCGAAGGUGACCCUGAUCCUGAACCACCGGACUUUCUACAGGGGCCCUUAUUCUGCUUCCAGAUUGACUUCUCUUGUCUCUUAGGGCCGUCGCUGCCGGCUGCAUAAGGAGUAAGCGGUGUUCAGGGCAGAGAGGUGUACGUGAGUGCGCAUGUGCGUGUGUGGCUUCUCCUUUUAAGAUGGUGUUUUCAUACUGGGAUGGCUGCGGCAGAACAAAUGCCAUUUGAAUGGUUCGGGGCCAAAUCAAGUCCCUUUCCAGCAUUCCCAACCACAAAUGUUCCAGAAACCAGUCUCCAGGACAGGCAAAGCCACUUCCUGACUUAAUGCUGACGCUAGAUAUGAAUACCUGUAAGGACAGGUAGAUGCCAAGUCCCUCUCCUGGAGCACUGAGCUAUGGUGUUGUCCUCUGUUUCUUAACAGGGUCAGGCUUUGGGUUGCUCAGUCCAUGCAGGUUGGCGCACUUCACUCCACAGUCAUGGCGACCCUGCUUUAAUCGGUUAGAGGAAGGCUAAAACCACCCAAAUACCUCCCCAGGUCUUCUUGCGCAGUCGCUAUGGCAAAAAAGGCAUCACCAUCAUAAACCAAAAUGCCGGAUAGGCUUCCUGUACUACCCUUGAAAUUGCCACAGGGGAAUGGUUUGUUUCCAACUGUAAAGCAUUCCAGUGGUGAAUUCAUGAAAAUUUUUAUUUUUAAUAAACUAAUGGGAACACUUUAAUGCUUCUGAACCGAUUCUAAGACAUUUAUGGUUCACCAAAAACCAAAUGUUUUUCCUAAGUUCUAUUGCUCCGAACUUCCAGCGUUCACCUGUCUUGCACGAAUGCUUCCCAGGCCGCCUGCCGCCCUUCCCCUUCCUUACGCUGAACCUCUGGAAAGGGAUACUCGCCCAGGGACAGCAGGUGUUCUCUUUUUCCCUUUUGGGGAGAAAAGGUGCACAUAAAUCAACCUCUCCUUGUUAGUGCAAAUGGAUUUAUGGAUGUGGAUGAGGAGUGUGUGUCAGCAGGGCCUUUCACUCUGAGUAAUAAAGUUAGAAAGUGCUUCCUGGAAGACGGCAUAAAACGGAGUUUCACUUGGUCCCUGUUCUCACCGCUCGCGGUGGCCGGGCUCCUUUCCACAGCUGGGGCUGUCAUGACAGGGCUGUCUGUGGAACAGGCCGGGUGGUGUUUGCACAACAAGACUGCAGCGGUCGGCCAAUGCCUUCUCUUCUGUUCAAGUGCCCUUGAUUUACUAUAGAAACAACUGAACCAAACAGGUCUCUUGGGGUUCCACGCGGUGCGUGACGCAGCCUUUCCUGAGUCCCUGGAUGGUUUUGGACUGCAAUUCCCAGCAGCUCUGGUAGUGCCAUGAUCAGGGACUAGCCUUAUUAUCGGAGGAUGCCAGGAAGGGCAAGCGACUUUCAGAGUUGUGUGGGUCUCCACUGCAGCUGCAUCUGUCGGUUGCUAAGGUGGUGCAAUUGAUCUUUUAACCUGCAAAACUGUGUUGGUGCUGAAUGCUUCUCAGCACCUGGGGUCCAGAGGCUUCCCCCACAUGUGACCACUGCCUCUGUGAGCUUCAUCUGGGUUGCGCUCUGAAGUUCUGCUUUUCUUUCUUUUCUUUUUUUAAGCUCCCCUAGCUCUAAUAGUGAAGUCAGGCUGCAUACAUUACAUGUUUACAGCCCGAUCAUCUGGCUUUUCCUCACUCCUCUAAAGCAAGAUAACAAGAUUGUACAGCAUUAAACAGUUUCUUAACUUCAAAUGCUCUCGAAACUUACUGAAUCUUUCUGUGCCCAGGUUAAGAAGUAAUUCUGUCACCUUACAUACCAUUAACAUCCUGUGUCAUGGAAACUGCAUUUAAAAUUAAAAAUGCCAGAAGCAAACCCCAUGUGUUUAGCAUUUAGGAUAUUAAGGUACAUGUUGUAGCCUCUUGGCGUUUAGAAGCCCUUGGGUGGGCAGAAUCCGAAAGCAAUUUUUCCUCUUAGCUAGACUAGAACAGUUCCUGUGGACAAUGUUGCAACAGUGUCAGAGAUGGGAAUGAAAGGGGAGGAAAACCGUUUUUGGAUGUCCAUAAAAGCCACUACGUUUUCCCCUCGUUUUCUUCUUCUCACAGUGUGGCAACCCUGUGGCCCUCUCGUGGUUUGUUGAAGACCAACUCCUUUCAGCCCCAGACUUCCUAGACGGAGGCCACGGCUUGGACACCCCCAGGAGGGCCACAGGCUGCUCUCGCUCUGGCUUUAGAAGAUGGGGGGGGGCACCAGCUGUUGAGGCCUCUGCUUCUCUUUCCCUCCAACGUGGGGGGUGGUGGGGGUGGUCCUGCUUGCUUGCUGGGCCGAACGCAGAAGGCCAUCCGUGGGUCAGUCUGUGUUGAGUCAUUUAUGUGCCUCAGCCGUGGACUAAAAUAACUCUCCAGGUCCCGGAGCAUCCUUGGAUGAUCUGGUUUUAUUUCUCAGUGCUUUUCCGCAUAAUCCUAUGCAACUUGGUUUGAGGGGGCUGUUCUGUUUCCUAGCAUUCAUGUCAGGCUCAGCCUUUCAUAUUAAAAUCUGGUGUGGUGAAACCUUGUUAAUCUGUUGGAAUUCUUAAUACUGCAAGUAUUUUAAUCAUGUUUAAUAACAUGCCAUUUUUGAGAACAAACCUGAAGCGAAAACAUGUAGAAUGUGCCAAUGUAUUAUAUAACACUACACACUUUUUUUGACAGUUAUAUUUUUCUUUUAUAGCAUGUAACGGACAUGUUCCUAAUAAAUGAAUUAAAUAAAAUCUGCAGAACUGG